CCAAAAACAUUCCCGCUCUCCGGAAAACUUUCAAGGUCAAUAGGUUUUAAUAUAAUUAUAAAUAUGGAGUUUAAAAAAAAAUAUAUAUAAAAGUGACAGUGACAGUGAUACGUCAGAUUAUGACUAUAUAGAGGAAUUGAUAAAGUGUUGGGAAGACAUGAGUGAGAUGGAUGAUGUAGAUACAUAUUACGAAAAUCCAUUUGAAGAUAGAGCACAUUGGAAUGUUCCAUUUUCAAAAGUACCAGAUCAAAUAAGCGAAGGAAGUACCAUAAAUAUGGCAAUAUUGCCAAAGUAUCCUCAUAUAGGACCAGGCAAUCCUAUAUACGGUUCCAGUGAAAAUGAACUAGAUGAAAUAGCGCGUCAACAUGACAUUGCUUAUAAAAAUGCCAAAAGUCCUUUAGAUAUUCUAAAAGCAGACGAGAUAUUCUUGAGUGAUAUGAAGGCAUACGAAACAGAGGGAAUUUACGACUGGAUAGUAAAUAAAAUUAGCUACGGAGGAAUAUAUAUAAAGCAUAAUUUUGAAAAAAAAUAUGGAGUGCUCUAUCCUAUUUUUUCAAAAAAUCAAAUAGAGAGUAUUAAAUUAAAUAAUAAGGAAUUGCAAUUAAUUAGAGAAGAACAAGAAAAUAACAAAUUGAGUAAAAUAGAAGAAUUUGAAAAUAUAAGUGUAAGUUCUUUAAAUAGAAUAAAUAUGAAUAAAUUAUAUGAUAAUAUUAAAGCCUUAUGGAAAAGUAAUGUUAAAUCUAAUUUUGCUACAUUCAGAAUAGAUGAAGGAGUAACAAAUGAGUAUAUAAAUCAAAAUAUGGCACAUGACGAAAGUGUACGCUAUGAAAAAAAUAAAGAAGUAUAUUUGGAAAAAUUUAAAAACUAUUAUAAUAGUUUAGAGAUAUAUGCAAAAAAUUUAUUAAUGACAUAUCGUUCUAAAGGUACAAUAAGCGAGGACAUUUGGUUAGACGCAAAAAAUAAACUUGAAAAUUGGGACUCCCUUAAUGGUACCUCUCGUUUUUAUUACAUUGAUUACAACGCCAAGUACAACCUUGAUCGUGCAUUAACAACCGGUAUAUUUAAUGAGCUUAGCGAUAUGAAACAAAAACAAUUAAAUAUGUACAUAACAAAUAAUAAGUUAUAUAUAGAUAAGCAGUUAGAAAAUUUUCAUAAAAUCAACAAGCGUGCAUUUGAAGACACUACAGGUAUGUCUAAGCAAUCUAAAGCUAUAUUAAGUCAACAAUUACGUUACCAUGGUAUAUCGUGGGAACAACAUAGGUCGACACCAGCAUAUUUAUUUUUAAAAUCACCUAGUUUUCGACAUUAUAUAAUUCAUAAAUUUAAUUUAAAUGAUAAUAUUACGUGGUUUAAUGGAGAGGAAAUGUCCCUUAAAAAUUAUUUAAAUAUGCAUCAACUUACCAAAUUAUAUAUUGAGAGAGAAUUACGUAGUAGUAGUAAUACUAUGCUUAAACAAUGGUUAACAAAAGAUUCCAGUAUUCCUCCUGAACAUCCAGAAGAUACUGAAUUUGAUGAAAUUUCCCAAUUUUCGCAAGGAACAAAAAGACCCAAUACUGAAACUACACAAACUGGACCUACUAAAGUCAAAGUUAUUGAAGAACCUCAGCAAUCUACAUCAUCAACACCUAGUGGAGCUAAAAGACCAUCUACUACGCCAGCUAUUGCCGACAUCUCCGCUAAAAGACCAAGUAGCACAAAUAAUGAAGGAAGUAGUACUACCGUUGGACCUCAAGUACACCAGCAAGACAUAAAUCCUGCUGGACAUACAGCGAAUACUGGUGGACCAACAAAUACUGAAGCAGGAAUAAAGAAAGCACAAGUAUCAGGAUCAUUAAGUGAAUUUAAGGUAAAAAUGUCAGGAAAUUAUAAUUCUCACAAAAUUAGCAAGUAUACUAAAUCAUUUGUCCAUUUUUUUACGUUGAAGAAAAAGGCCAAUGCUUUUAAAGAUGUUAUGAAAAUGACAUAUAAAAGUGUACUAUUAAAUUUAAUAGUAGUAGAUUGCAAUGAUAAGGACAUAUUUGAUGAAGAAGAUACAAACUCCUUAUUCACUGUAAUACAUGAGUUUUAUUGUACAUUAAAUACAAAAUUAAAAACUAAAAAUGCUGACAUAACAUGGAUACCAUUAACAUUGGAGGAUGGAAAUACAAUUCUUUAUUGCGUUAUAGUUACUUUGCCAUUUAAUAUAAAAUAUAAAACAUAUUAUUUAAAAUUUUCUACAAUAUUACAAUUUUGUGUUAUGACAUAUCAUAUGGCAUUAUUGGAAAUCGUAGAAAAUUUCGACGAUGACGAUUUAGUACAGUCAGGUUGGAUGAGUUGUUUUGUAAAAUAUUUAAAUGCAGGCAACUUUGGCAUAUCGUGGGACGACGAGCUGUCCAGAGAAGAAGAAGCACAAUCAUAUAAACGAAAGUCUGGCAACAAUUCAGGAGGAUCCAACGACGCCGGUCCUAGCAAUAGAGAUAGGGAUGGUUUAAAUAGUGAUAUAUUAGAAAAUAAUUAUAAAGAUAAAAUAUGGCAUGUUUCUAAAAAUAAUAUAACUGAAGGAGUUUAUAACAAUACUGAGGAUUUUUUAGCUGUUAACAAAAACUAUGAUGCUCCGUCGUUGUCUAAAAAAUUUAAUUGUAAGAAAGCUUUAUCUUUUGUUAUUAAUGUUGAUCCUAUUUCUUAUGGCGGAGUUGUUAAAAAUAAAUUGUUUUUGUUAAUAACAUUAAUUAGAGUAUUAAUACAUAAUAUACUUAAUAAUUUGGAAACAUCUCAAGAAUACGAUAUUUUAGCUAUAAUAGAAGAUUCAACUAUUCGCGGAUAUCACGUGCAUUUUACAAUUUUCAUGAACAAUGUUAUUCCAAAAAAUAUACGAGACCAAUUAUUUCAAUUGAUAAGUGGUAAUACGAUGACAGCUGGAACCCAACAAACUCAAUUAAGUUUUAAUAAUACCAUUUACAGUAUAUGUCCAGAAUUAUAUGACCAAAAAACAAUAAGAGUUGCUAAAGUGUUCGAAGAUGAAGGAAGCGCAGACGAUUUUUAUAGAUCACAUGAUGGAACAGGGUUUAAAUCUAAUAAUGCUUUAGUACUACCUGUAAACGAUAUUCAAUAUUUAAUACCAUAUCCUACUAAUUCCGAUGCUACUCCUUGGACAAACAAUGCAGACGUUCUUAAUACUGUUUCCGGUACUCAAGGUACUGCUAAAAAUUAUACACCCGACAAAAAUGUCGGUUUGCAACCCUUAACUAUAGAUGAUAUUAAAAAAAUAUACUAUCCGGACUUAUUGAUGGACAAUAAACAUGUUAAAUUAUUAUAUCCGGGUGAAAAUCUAUUAGAACAUCAUAUUGAAUGUGACGAUGAAAUAAAUAAUAUAGAUUGUAGUGCACCUCAAUUUGCAGAACCAUUGUAUAUGAUGGAUUCAAGGGUUGGCGUAUCAAAUCAAUUAAAUAUUAAAAAUAAUCCAAAAUUAUUAUUACACAAUAGAGUUUUUAAUGUAAUUAGAGGACCUUUAAAUUAUGCUAACUAUGGUAUAUACGAUAGUAUACUUACUAGAGAUGCUAAUGAUCAAAAAAAUGAAAUACUCAGUAAACAAUUGCUAGGCUAUAAAUUCAAUGAUAUGUUUUCCAAUGCUCCUCCGCAAUUUUUUAUUAAAGAAUUAAAUUUAGAAUGUGUUCCAAUGGAUCCGUAUAUACCUAGACCGUUGCAAUAUGGAUUUGCUAAUGUAAUGGCUGAACAUGUUGUUACUGGAGUUGGACAAAGUGCCAUCAAGAUCUUCAUGAAAAAUAAAUUACCAGAAAAAUUAAUGUCUCCUGAUUUGUGGACAAAUCCUUCGUUACGAUUACGAACACCAGAAUCAUUAGUUGCAAAAACAUUUGUUGAAUUAAAUAAUGCUUUGUUUGAUGAAACCACUUUUGAUACUUUAAACGAAGAGGAAUUACCUCAAUCUAGAUUUACGUAUUCUUUGCACGGAUCAGUUCCUACCAAUGUAUUUAAUAACGCUUCUUAA